AUGAAUAGUGAAACAAAACGACCUCUUGAAGAUAGUAACAGCGAUGAUGAUGAUGACUAUAGUGGAGAUGAGCAUAUAGAAGUGGUUAAAAGAGUUAGAAGAACGGAGAAAGUAACAUUACCAAAUGCUUAUAUUGAUGAAAUUAACAUUAAAAGACUAGAUUUUGAUAAAGAAAGGAUUUGCUGUGUCACAUUGUCUCGUUCCAAUAUAUACUGUUGCUUGUCCUGUGGAAAAUACUUACAGGGGAGGGGAAGGUCUACAGUUAUGUUCAAGCAUUCCAUUGAGCAGAAACACCAUGUUUUUCUGAAUGUGACUAAUUUGAAGGUCUAUCUCCUCCCAGAAGGUUCUGAAGUGGAAACUUCUGCCGAUCCAUUACUUCGUGAUAUAUUAUAUGCCGUGUAUCCAACUUUUACGGCUGCUAGUGUCAAAGAAUUCCCAAAAGUUUGCCGGGACCUAGAUGACAGAGCAUACUUGAAUGGGUUCAUUGGUCUUAAUGAUUUAAACUCAAACGGAUAUAUGAAUGUUGUCAUCUUAGCGCUUUCUCACAUACCACCUUUACGCGAUCAUUUUUUACUUUCAAACAACUACAGUGGAACCGAUAGCCCUGUGGAUACGGACUUGACGGCAUCUGUUGCCUUAGUGGUUAAAAAGCUUUGGAAUUGUAGAUUACUCCGAAGGAAUGUGUCUCCUCAGCAACUUAUGAACGUCGUUUCUAGUGUAUCAAAGACAAAAUUUUCAAGUGAUGCCCACGAGGAUCCAAGGCUCUUCCUUUUAUGGCUCCUUUCAAAAUUAUCUACUAAUGGUGACGACCGUAUAUUACAGAAAACCUUGAUGAAACAGCUUCAAGGUCAGAUAGAAAUAAAAUCGACUGAAAUUGAGACCAUUACAAACGAAGCAGACCAAACUGUAAAAUUCAAAAGACUAGAGUCGGAAAGUACCAUAAAGAAAACCAAAUUUUGGCUAUUAUCACUAGACUUACCCGAGAUGAAAGUGUUUAAAGAUGGUAAUGACGUUAACAGUGUCCCGCAAGUGAGAAUCGAGGAACUUCUUUCGAAAUACACUGAGCAAAUGGAACAUCACACUAAGGAUUCUGUCAAGACUUAUAAGGUGGUGAAGUACCCUAAUUUCUUGAUUUUAUAUUACAACAGAUUCAACAAUGGAUUCACAUCUUUGAAGGACCGAAACCAGACUAUAGUUGAAUUUUCUAACGAGAUGGACUUUCAAGGCAAUCGCUAUAGACUACUAUCGAACAUCACGCAUGACUGUAUAACUAAGGGUAAACUAUCUGAUACGGAAGAUUUACUGGUGAGUAAGUGGAAAAUAAACGUACUAAAUACCAAGGAUAACGAUUGGUACGAGAUCGACGAUAUUGAGAUACGCAAAGUGGAAGAAGAGUUUAUUUUUCUCAAAGAGUGCUAUAUUCAAAUAUGGCAACGUUUGUAA